AUGUCUGCUUUUUGCAUAGACCUCCACACGUCUUCGGCCCCGAUUUCAGCACCACCAGAGCUGGACAGCGACCGUAUAGAGGAAACGCUGGACCCCAGCAGCGGCAGCGGCGGCGGCGGCGGCAGCAGCAGCAUGCCUCAAGAAACGGAAGGGUAUCCGGAUCACACGCUGCUAGGCACCGGCCCUGGGGGUCUCGGCAUGGCGCUGGAAGAGGAGCUCGCCAUGCUGACGGGAGAACGGGUGGAGGAUUCCGAACUGACCGUCCUGGAGACGCCUGUCAGUGGACAGGACACAGACUUAUUGUCGCUCUUCCGGCAGAAGGAGAAGGACUUGGUUCUUGCUGCUAAGCUCGGGAAGGCUCUUCUCGAGCGAAACCAGGACCUUACUAAGCAAUACGAGAAAAUGAACAAAGAUCUCAACGAGAAGCUGGAGCACCUGGAGCAGGAGAAGCACGAGCUGCGUCGGCGGCUGGAGAGCCGUGAGGGGGAGUGGGAGGGCCGCGUGGCCGAGCUGGAGGGGGACCUGCGCCACCUGCAGGGGGAGCUAGAGAGGCAGCAGGCGCAGCUGCGCGAGGCCGACCGGGACAAGGCCCGCGCCGUCUCAGAACUCUCCGAACAGAACCACAGACUACUGGAGCAGCUCAACCGGGCUGCAGAGGUGGAGAGACAGUUGUCCACUCAGGUCCACUCCUUGCGGGAUGAUUUCCGGGAGAGGAGCAUCUCCAACAACCAGCACAUGACGCGUCUGGAGAGUCUACAGGCAGAGAUAAAGAUGCUGUCGGAACGCAAGAGAGAUCUAGAACGGAGGGUGAACAUCAUGAUGGACGAGAACGAACAUCUGCAGAACACCAUGGAGAGCCUGAGGGAGAGAACACUGGUGCUGGAGAAACAGUGCCACGAGAAGGACCUACAGCUGCGUCAGAGCCAGCUGGAGCUGCAGGAGGUGCGUGUGUCCCACCGGCAGCUGAGCUCUCGUCUGGAGGAGCUGAGUGAGGAGAGUAGCCUGAGCUUCAGCCCACACACACACACACACAGCCUGCUCAGCGAGAUCGAGCAGAGCAUGGAGCAGGAGGAGAUGGAGCAGGAGAGGGAGCAGCUGCGGCUCCAGCUGUGGGAGGCGUACUGUCAGGUGCGCUCCAUCUGCUCCCAACUCAGAGGAAAUGACAUCACAGACUCCGCCCUGUCCACCGACUCCUCCAUGGACGAGUCGUCCGAGACGCUGUCCGCCAAGGACGUGCCCUCGGGUAGCCUUCACGCCAGCCUGCUGGAGCUGCGCAGACUCACACAGAACCUACUGGAUGGCAACGAGUCCACGGUGGCGCUGCUCUCAGUGGAGGCGUGCUCGUGGCGUGAGGAGACUGAGCGGAUGAGGGCGAUGGCAGAUGUACACGAACCCAACGAACAGCUGCAGAGCGCCAUACGGGAUCGAGACGAUGCUAUCGCCAAGAAGAAAGCGGUGGAGAUGGAACUGGCCAAAUGUAAGAUUGACAUCAUGUCCCUGAACAGCCAGCUCCUGGACGCCAUCCAACAGAAGCUCAACCUGUCCCAACAGCUGGAAGCCUGGCAGGAUGACAUGCAGAGAGUGAUAGAUCAGCAGUUGAUGGACAAGCACCAGGAGGAUUGGGAGGCCCCCUACUCCUUCUCAGGAGCCAAUGGGGGCUCUCGCCGCACUUCGGCUACGCCCUCCAGGAGGUCACACCGCAUGGCCGACCGGGACAGGAGACUCUUCUCCUUCUUCAAGAAGAACUGA